UCAAAUUGUUCAUUUCUUACACUGAAGCACUGAAGAUUUAUUAGUUUUAUAUUUGAUUCGAUUGCUAUGUUUUUGAGGCCGAAAUGUAUAUAUUGAUCCAAAAACGCAGUUUUCUUCAUGCAUUUUCUGUCAAGAACUCCAACACUAAAAGCCGAGAGCUUUCAUUUUCUGCUGGAGAGUUACACAUCAAAGUCGUAAGAGCUCCAGGUCUACUAUGUAAAAUAUAUAUCUGUCACUUAAUUUGGAAACAGACCAAUCUACCUAGUUUCGGAUGAGGCUAGAUUCCACUUAGAUGGAUUAUCGAUCUGUGUGGCUCAUUGGUUUCCACGACCACCAACAACAAUACAAACCCGGUAACCAGUUUUGGAGCCAAGUUCCCAUAUGCAGACAAUCCUAUCUCCCCACUUCACUAUUCUAAGUUUUAAACUCAACAGCCCCAUACUUUUUUGAUCUUUUCCUAUUGAUUGAAUCCCUUGGUUUUGACCCAAUGUCUUCCUUGUCUAGAUUUGCUCUCAAAGAUUUCAAGUUAAAUACUUGUGAAGCCUACUGUAGGCAGAGCUCUUCUUUAUCUUCAAGGAGGCUCCAAAGCCAUAUUGAUGUAAGAGGUGGAAUUGUGUCUGAGAAGGGAAGGAGUUGUGCAAUUGAAAGCAAGACAUGGAGUCCGAUUGUUGCUGCUGGUUCUUCGAUAGUUCAUACUUCAAGCAACUCCAAAGUUUUGUGCAAGGCGGCAACAAAUGCAUCUGGAGGUCUUCCCACUGCUAGUGGCAUGAGCCAGUAUGAGAGAAUAAUCGAAACUUUGACAACGUUAUUUCCUCUAUGGGUGAUAAUUGGCACCAUUGUUGGGAUCUACAAACCAUCUGCUGUAACUUGGUUGGAGACAGACCUUUUCACCCUUGGCCUUGGUUUCCUCAUGCUUUCUAUGGGUUUGACGUUAACCUUUGAAGAUUUUAGACGAUGCUUGCGUAAUCCUUGGACUGUCGGUGUAGGAUUUCUCGCUCAGUACAUAAUCAAACCCUUACUAGGUUUUGUCAUUGCCCUGAAACUAAAGCUUUCUGCACCUAUUGCUACGGGUCUUAUUCUGGUCUCCUGCUGUCCUGGCGGUCAGGCAUCAAAUGUUGCAACUUAUAUCUCAAAGGGGAAUGUUGCACUAUCUGUUCUCAUGACGACAUGUUCAACAAUAGGAGCUAUUAUAAUGACACCGCUUCUUACCAAGCUGCUUGCUGGCCAGCUUGUUCCAGUUGAUGCUGAGGGCCUAGCAAUCAGCACUUUCCAGGUUGUUUUAGUGCCAACAAUUAUUGGAGUACUGGAAUUCCCAAAGUUCACUUCAAAAAUUAGCUCAGUGACACCUUUGGUUGGAGUAAUCCUCACCACUCUUCUCUGUGCAAGCCCAAUUGGACAAGUUUCUGAAGUCUUGAAAGCACAAGGACUGCAAUUAAUACUCCCAGUGGCUGCUUUACAUGCUGCUGCAUUUGCCAUUGGCUAUUGGGUUUCAAGGAUAUCUUUCGGUGAAUCCACUUCUCGUACCAUAUCCAUAGAGUGUGGGAUGCAGAGCUCCGCACUUGGGUUUUUACUAGCUCAAAAGCAUUUCACGAACCCCUUAGUUGCUGUCCCUUCAGCUGUUAGCGUUGUUUGUAUGGCGCUCGGUGGCAGUGGUCUUGCCGUGUAUUGGAGAAACAAAGGCCUUCCUGUUGAUGACAAGGAUGAUUUCAAGGAAUGAGAAGUAGCCUCAUCUUUUUCUAGUUAGAGAAGAAUGUCUUUCAUUAUAAGGCCAUGUUUACACCAGGAUUUUUUUGAUUUGAAAAGCUGUAGAUUCAGGUAAUUAGAACUCAGAACAUGGGAAAGGAGGAGAGUGAAGUAAUUUCUUUGUUCUAGAUUUUGGAAAUAAUUGAAGGCUUAUUUGUGGCAAUGUUUGCCAAUUUACAGUACCAGCAGCUAUUGAUGAUUAGCAUCAAGUGAGUUGUGAUCUGUGUCUAUGUUUCUGAUAUGGAUUGGUUUAGGUGCUUAAUUGCCAGUCAAUCAUUGGUUUUCUCAUCAGUAAUCAUCUUAAUCUUGAAAAUGAUGGAUUAGAAGCCAGACAAUCCUAAUCUAUUAAUAAAAGGGCAAUAUUGAUGUUUCCAACUA